AUGUCCGGACCAGCUUUUGCGCGUCCGGCAAACUAUUCUCAACAGUCGACUCAACCAGCUGCGGCGCAAUUCGAAUUCACCUCCAGCGCUAACGGCGCCGCCCCUGCCUCCUUACCUAAUACUACUCGUACCACUCCUGAUUCGGGCUUAGGUACAGACGACGCCAACAAGCAGGAACGAAGAAAGGCUCCUCCUGGAUUUGUUAGUUUAUUUAUCAUACUUUUUACAUGAAUUGUUUUCAGACAGGACAGCCGACCACCUAUUUUGGAGACAAUAUGAGAUACCCAAGCAACGGUUCUUCUAACCCUAGUGGCGCUAUGUACUUUCAACAGCAACAACAGAAUCAUCCUUACAGUCAUCCUGGCGGUGCUGAAGGACCUAACUUCGAAACUGCAAAGGUUUGAAUUCUUCAAAGAGUUUAGUUUUAAUACAUUAUUUUUUUCAGAGUGCUUUUUGAUUCUCAACAAUAUGUUCGUGGCAACUACGAGAAUCGAGGUUAUGGACGGGUUGGCAUUCAAAGUAAAUAAAAAAACUUAAUUAAUUUUUUUCAGCCGUACGGCGCUCCACCAAUGUCGCUCGAAGGCUCUCAGUAUGAUGAAUUGAAUGGCAACGGGGCUCACUAUGUGAAAAAAAAAAUUUUUUUUCAUUGAAUGUUAUUUUCAGGGCUCUGGAAACGUUCCUGAACAUUUUGGAGUACAGUACGAACACCCUGGACAACAUUACCGUAAGUUGGGUUUUGCAUUUUCAUCUGAAUGAAUCUUCACUUCUAGCAAACAGUAGCGUCCCGCCUAUGGCAAACCCUGGGACAAUAAGCGGGUCUUACGAAGAUCAACCAAAUACGUACAUGCACAAUCCGCAGCAGCCCUAUGGAAAUCAAGUUUUUCUUUUACUUUUUCCACUUCCAAUUUUGUCUUUUUAGUUCAUGUCUCAUGGGCAGACUGGUCAUCCUGUCUAUGUCGCUCCACCGGGUCAGGGUCAUCAUCAACAACCAAUUUUUGUCGCUAAUGCGGUAAACUAUAAUUUGAUUGAAUUUUUUUUCAGAUAAUUUUUAUAAGAAAUUAUGAAGUUCUUUUGCAUAUCGGUUGAAAAACUAAAGAAAAGUGAGAGAAUCAGGGGCUUUUUUUUGGUUCUGUCUACCUACAAUUAGACAGUUUUGAUUUUUCUAACGUUCAAAGCAUUGAUAACUGUUUUCUAGCAUGGAGGAGCAACGACGUUUGGAGGUUCGCAUCCGGUGAACAUGGCAUCUGCUCCACAGACCACGCCAGGACAGGGUCAUAUCCCACUGGGCCCAGUUCAAACGAACAUGGGGAUUCCGCCGACCUCCAUCAGUCAUAGCACUCAUCCCACCAUGUACAUCCAUCAAGCCGCUCAUCCGGCUACCCAGCCGGUUUUGCUCUACCGAUCAUUGAAAAUUGAAAGGGAAGUUUAGGUGAUUGUUCCGCCUGGUGCCGGUCCUUAUGGAGCUCCUGCGACAAAUAUGUACGUACCUCUUCCGCUGCCACGUGUCUUCACAGCUAACAGACAGCCGCCGGCGCUAAACCCGACCGAGCCUCCACAAGGCUUUGGAAGAAAGCCUCGCGAAAGGCUCAACAACAGGCCGCCUGGAAACGGUUAAAUUUUCAUCGAAAGUUUUGCAGCAAGAAAAAUAUUUUCAACUUUUAAAUUAUUUCCUAGAAAAUUUGUUUGAAAACGUCUAAUACUCAAAAAUAGGCUAGUUUUUUUGUUACUGAUUCAGCACUCGUAGUCAAAAAAACUCAUUCUUCAAUCCUUUGAAAAGUGCUCGAUUUGAUCUUCUUCAGUAGUUUUGGCUUUAAAAGAUUUUUUUGCGUGGUAUUAGUGCCACAAAAAAGAAAAAGAAUAUUUUAAUCACUAAAAUUUCAUAAAAUUUUAUCUGUAUCAACCUUUUCAACGGCUCGAGAAACCGGUCAAUCCUUCAAAAAAAAAACACUAGCCAAUAAAUAUUGAUGCAGAAACUUAAAUCAAUCGAGGGACUUUUUUUUAUCAUUUUUUCAACAGAAUUGUGAUUUGCAGGCCGAAAAAGUGGACAGACUGGAUCUCAGCAGUCCUUGACGCAGGAGAAUAAUCAUCAGGAUGCCAGCAAUACCACCGCGGAAAACCAACCGUUUUAUGUGCCCCAAGGGCAAAUACCUGGCCAGGUAAGAUUCUCUCUUUCGCUCGGUCUUUUAUUUUUGUCUUUUGAGGCGUCGGGAGGCGAUUACCUUCCACCUGGUCAUCCAGCGCAGUUCGGCCCUCCUAUCGGCUUUGCAAGCGGAAGGAUGGCUGGCCAAGUCGGCCCCGCAGUUCAGCCAUAUCCACCGCACAUGCUGCAGCAUCAUCAGCAGUACGGCGGCGCGGCCUUGAUGCACCCUAAUGUCCAGGGCUCAGCUCAACAUGUUCACAGCGUACCGCCGCACAUCCAGCAACAAAUGCAGCAGCAGCAGAUUCCGCAAGGCCUCGGUCAUCACUAUCCUGGCUCUGUUCCGCAUUUCGCUCAAGGUGGUCAUCAUUAUCCGCCGACAGGAGUGCCUCCAAACACUCUUCCUAUGAUGAAUCCUCAGUCGGCGCUUUAUGGUUCUGCUGCUGCUGCUCACCAGCAAAUCCAACAGAACUACCAGUACCCUAACAAUGGACCUUCGCGAGGCAGAGGUGGAGGCAGAGGAGGAGGAGGAAGAGGAAGUUGGGGAUCGCACUAUCAUGUACGUAUUGUAAGAUAUAUACCAAAUGUAUAGGCCGAAAUCUUUUUACAAGAAAAAAAAUCGUCAUUUUUUUUUCUAACCAUCCUAAAAUAAUAAAGAGAGAAAGAAAAUUGAACUUUAUAUAGUUUUUGGUGUGUUUCAAUCUUCAGGGAAUCUUUUUUCUAGUUAUUUCUAAGACUGAUUUUUCACUAAUAACGUUUCGUUUCAUUUUUCAUACCAAUUUAUCAGAUUCUGUGUCUGAUUCGAGAGCAACACAUUUCAAUAGUUCUGUUAAAGAGAAUGGUUUCAGUCGCGACAGAACUCUUCGCAAAGUACCUACGAGACACGUCCUUGGCCCAACUUCAGCGGAGAUGCUGUCGAUGCAUCUAAAAACAGUUCGCCACCCUCUGUCCAAGAUGUCACUCACAAGGUCGAACAUCUCGAGUUGGCAACAGUCUCUCGUGCCGGAUCUCCCUCGAAGCAGCUGCUCCAGUACAAUGGUAAGCUAUUUUUCUUCAGCAGUGGUCGACAGUCUUUUUAGAAGUAAAAGGGAAAGACAAGUCCAGUAGCAGCAAGAGGGCCUCCAAGGUUUCUGUUCUCUCCACAACAGUGAUCGCCUCCGCCGUCGUGCAAGAUGCCGUUUUUGAAGUAACUAGUUCUGACGCCGAAAUCACUGCAAUUGAAAUAGUCAAAGAAGAAAAUAAAGAAGGUUUCAGCCUUUUGUCGCCUUCUCUGCUGAUAAUGUAUUCUUAGAAGCUGUGACGAGCACGGUGAACGGUGAUGACGUCACUAGCAACGCUCCUGAAGAGAAUGAGGCUCCCGUUGAGUCGAAGCAAGGGAAGUUGCGAUGUGUUAAGUGUGAUACUCUGAAACGGUCACAAGAUGUCGUUCAAUCCCACAGGUUCAUAUUACCUUUACUCUUCCUCUCUUUCAUUUUCCGUCUUUCAGUUUACGUCACCCAGAUGGAACUGCAUGGUGUCCUGAACUCCAAAAGGAGAUAUGUUCGUACUGUGGAGCCACCGGAAGAAGUGCUCACUCACACAUUGUCUGCCCUCGGAAGAAAAAAGGUUUAUUUUUUUCAAAAUUUAUAGGUUGUGAAGUUCUUGUUCAUAUUUCCUAUAAUUUUUUUUUGUUUAUUUUUUCCACUGUGACUGUUCAGUACAGGCUUUUUCUGUCCCCUACCCUGUAAUUUCACAGCACUGUGACACAGCGCACUGUUCGAUUUUCAAAUUUUUAUUCUGCGUUAUUCUAAAAAAAAAAACGUUUUUGAGAAAUUUUCACCUUCAACACAUAUUUAAAACCGACAAUAAACAAUUGCAACGUGAACUAGGAACAAGAAAAAAAUAGGAAUAAGUUAUGCACCCAAAAACUUGCUGCAAACGAAAUUAGGAAUUUUUAGCAUGUUGCGUAACUAUUCCAAAACUUUCGUCUUUUUUCAAGCGUUUUUUUUCAGAAGAGUUGAGCGCACCCAGCGAAAAUCCAUCAUCUGUGAAAAGCGGCUCACGUGAAUCGUCGGCUCCAAGAGAGCAGCACUCGGGCAAUUACCAUCACCGCCGGCAAUCAGAGCGCGAUCGCGGCGAUUCACACCGACAGGGAGAAUAUCAAAACUACAAUCAAUACUCUGGGGGCCACGGCUUCCGAGGCAACUCCUCUGGACGUGGCGCUCGCGGUGGUUAUCAUUCAGGUCGAGGAGGGAAGUUUUCUGGGCCGAGGAAUUCUGGAGGUCAUUACGAGAAUGUGAGCUCUAUUUUUUUUCACCGGAAAGUGCUAUGGUAAAAAAAAAAGAAAAAUUUUAAGAAAGUAAGAUUCAAGAGUUCAUUGCUUCAAGCUUUUUCUAUGUUGCGAUCGGAUCUCAUGACUUCUUCUCGAUCAGUUCGAAGUUUUUUUUUAGAGUGCUCUCAGAAAACGCGAAAGUUUAUCUGAGUUAGGUCAAUUUUCUCCGAAUUCCUCUGUACUAAUUAUACACCAGCAACAAAAUAGGUACCGCAAACAAGCUCAAAAUUCUUCGAUAUUUAAUUGCAAAAAAGGUGUUUCCACAAUCGGAAUCAUUUUUGCUGCUCAAUAACAAAGUUAGCCUUGAAUGAUUCUGGCAAAGUUCAUUUUACUACAGGGUUAUGCCGUGUUAAGUUUUUUUGUUGAGCCAUAUUUCGCUCUUAUUUCUGCGAAAUCCAUUUAUAUGCGGUGUUAUUUUAUUUUGGAAACCUGUUUGAACUUCGUCAAUUGAAAUAUGGUGCUUACUAGUAGAACUUUAUUUGAUUUCAGCGUUCGUCUCAGCCGUCAAAAUGAAGAAGGGGAAAGAGAAAGGAAGAGCUUGCAUUUCGAACGUCACGGUUUUUCAACACUGAACAUCGUUUACUAUCUUUACAUCGUUUUGCAGCUGGCCACUAUCCAUUUUUUUUUUUUUUGA